GCAUGAAGUAUGACGUGGCACGCCGGCACCACCUCAGGAUCGUGAACCACAUGUGGCUGGAGGACUGCCUGAGGGAGUGGAGGCUGGUGCCAGAGGAGCGAUACUCCGCCAGUGGAGAGGAGGCGGAGCUGCAGCGGCUGCAGGAGGCAACAGCAGCGGCAGCAGCGGCGGUGGAGGCGCAGCUGAGAGCUGCUGCCUCGCAGGCCUCUGCCAGCACGCCCGCAACUCAACCAGAUGCUGUUGGUGCUGCUGCUGCUACAUGUGAUGUGGGUGGUGCUGCUGCUACAGCCGUAGCUGCUUCUGGUGCUGCUGUUGCUGCUGUUGUGGGAGACGGAAGGGGCACUGGGACACGUGGGGCAGUGGGUUGUGUGGGGAGGCGCGAUGGGGCAGGUGGGGUGGUGGGUUGUUGGGGAGGGACGGAAGCGGAAAGGACAGGUGGUGCAAACGCAGGGGAGAGUGGUGGGGUAAGGGUGGGGGUUAGAGAGGCGGAGGGGGGUGUGUUGAGAGGUGUGGGAAUGCAGAGUGCUGGGGCAGUGGAUGUAGGCUGUGAGGCUCGCCGGGGAAUUGCAGGGGGUAGGGAGGGGUUUGGGAAGGCAGUAGACAGGAUGGUGAGAGAACCUGGCGGUGGUUGUAUGAGGCGAGAGGAGGAAGUGGGAGAGGCGGAGGGGGGACGAGAGGGAGGUGGGUUGGGGACUAGGAAGGCAGUUGAACAAGUGGUGAGAGAACAUGGUGGUGGUUGUAUGAGGCGAGAGGAGGGAGUGGGAGAGGAGGGUAGAGGAGAGGAAUGGAGGGUGGUGGAGCGUGUGGAAGGGGAGGAUGAGGGUAAUGAGGACAUGAAGGAAGAGGGGGAGGAAGAAGAGGAAGGGGAGGAGAGAGGAGAUGAGGAAGGAGAGGAGAUGGGGGAAGCGCAAGGGGAGGAGGGAGGGGAGGAAGUGAUUUGUGGGCAAGAGGACAUGGAGGAUGCGGAAACGGAGGAGGAGAGAGAGGAGGAGGAGUGGGGAGAGGAGCGAGGGGAAGAGUGGUGUGAGAAAGGGGAUGAGGAAGAGGAGAUGGGACAGGGGGACAUGUGGCAGCGAAUAGUUGAGGUGGAAACUGGGGAGGGCAGGGAAGUGCGAGUGAGGCAUGGUGGGGAGGGCGAGGGGAGUAAGGGCGGGGAGGGUGAUGGGGGUGAAGAGGCGGAUGGUGAGGGGGGUGAAGGGGGGGAGCAGUCCCCUGAUCCACAGGGCGUUGUUGUGAACCUGAGAGGCAUCUUUGACUCUGUCAGCGACGGGACAGGCGGUUCAGCAGGUGGUGUGGCAGGUGGUGUGGCAGGUGGUGUGGCAGGUGGUGUGGCAGGUGAGCGUGCUAAAGCUGAGCGUGCUACAGCUGAGCGUGCUACAGCUGAGCGUGCUACAGCUGGAGUGGUGAGUCCACUUCAGGCAAGCGGGCAAGGAAGUGUGGCUGCUGAUGUGGCAGAUGCAGCCGGUGAUGUGGCUACCGUGGCAGCUGGCACUGGGAAUGUUCCGGCUCCAACGACCGAGAAAAUAUCGCAAGUGAAAGUUUGCCAGCAGCAGCAGCAGCAGCAAGAGGAACACGAGGAGCGAGCUGCUGAAUCAGCAGCAGUACCUUCGCCAACCGAGCCGCAAUCACAGCCACUGCGCCUGAGUGACAUGCACGCGGGCAUAGGCAUGACGGUGGAUAUGGGUGGACUGAGCUGCAGCUCCAGCCAUGCUGCUUCUGCUGCUGCUGCUGGAAAACGUGCAGAGGGGAGAGGCUGUAGCGGCAGAGGUGAGGAGAGUGUGGGGGUGCUGGUGAGCAGUGGCAAACGUGCAGGGCCCAGCAGGCAGGGUGGGAAGCUCCCAGUGAGGCGUCUCAGGGAGGAGCAGAGAGGCGGCAGUGGGGACGGUGUGGGUGGCAGUGGGGAGAGGGUGGGUGGUCCUCAGGCUAGGUCGAUGCACAAGGAGGGUGGCGGCUGUGGUGAUGGCAAGGAUGCGAGGGAGGAGGUGCGAAGGGGGGAUGAGGGCGGUGGUGUGAAGGGAGGGGGGGUUGAUGAUGGGGCGAUGGGAGGGAGUAGCAGCAUGGGUGGUGCAACGGGAGGGGGGAUUGAGGAUGGCCUAGGAGGGAGGGGGGUUGAGGGUGGUGUUGUAAUGGGAGGAGGGACUGGUGAUGGUUCAAUGGGAGGGGGAAACGACAAUGGAUUAGCUGGUGUUAGGGAGGCAUGUGGUGGAGAUGAGGGGGGUAAGAGUGAGGAGGGGGACUGUGAGGGGAGGAACAGUGACGGGGGAGACAAUGAAGGUGGAAAAGUUGCUAUGUGCAAUAAGGAUGUUGACAAGCCUGUGUGCCAUGAUGAUGAUGAAACGGAUGGUAGUGGUAGCGAGGAUGGGGUUAAUGCUGGCGGAGGGAAAGAAAACGAGGCUGCUUGUAAGGGGGAUGAGGAUGAGGAUGGGCCGGUCGUCUCCUCUCUUCCUGAUUGGCUGCAGGGCGAUGUGGUCAUUGGCCACGUGGCACCCUCCCCAUUGGUCAAAACGUUCCACAGGAGAAAGCCGGCCCUGGGCAAGGAGAACCUUGAGAAGGAGAAUGUUGCAACGACGAAUCUUGAGAAGGAGGUAUGUGGGGAGCGGUUGGUGACGGUGGGGAGCAGUGACAAGGGGAAGAAGGGGGGGCGAGAAGGGAGGAGAGGGGGAGGCAGGGGACGGGGCAGAGGUGCUGAGAGGAAGAAGGAUGGGCCGCUGUCAAUGACUGUAGAGGGCGGAGAGAAGGAGGGGCCAGAGGAGAGUCUAGGGAAGAGGGGGCGUGAGGAGAGGGAUGGGGGCAGGAAGAAGCGGAAGGGGAGUGAGCGACAAGAGAUGAAGAGGCGGAGGGAUGAGGAGGGGGUGAAGGGGAGUGAGGAGGAAAAAGGGGAGGUUCAGGUGGGUGGCAUGGAUGAAGGGGCUAGAUGCGGUGGAGAGGGAUGGGGGGAGGUGGAGGGCGGUGUUGAAGGUGGGGAAGAGAAGGUGCAUAGGAUUGGCGAGGAAAGGGAGAGGGCAAGGGAGCUGAGAACGAAACGCCGUGAAGAUCCCUUGAGAGAUGGGAAGCAGCGGGAAGAGGAGAGAGCGGCACGAAGGAUGGCGUGUGCAGUGGACGAGGUGGGGGGAGCAGCUGGGAGAGAGCUGCGGCAGCAGGAGGAGGAGGAGGAAGAGGAGGAGCAGGGGGGUGGGAGAGAGCAGCAGAAGCAGCAACAAGGGGACAUAGACGGUGAAGGGAGCGAGGGCGGAUGGGAGGAAGAAUGUGAGAGAGAGCAGCAGCAGCAGCAGCAGCAGCGGAGGGUUUUGAAGCGCCUCAAACUGGUAAGGCAGCAGCAAGAGGCGAAUGGAGAUGCAGAGGGGAGGGAGGGCGAGCGAGAAGAGGUGAAGGGGAAAGGCAGGGCCAGUAGAGGCAAGGCAGAUGUUGCUGCUGCUGCUAUUGCUGCUUCUGCUGCUGCUGCUGCAAAGCGGAGGAAAAAUGAGUCUGGGGCGGCUGGAGAGUCGCGGGGUGGGAAGAAGAAGUGUGUUGAGAGUGGCAAGGGUGCAGGAGGAGGGGAGAGGAGGGGACAAAGAGGCACAGGAAUCGGGUGUAAAGCGAGGAGGCGUGGAGGUGCUGACGAUGAGGAAGGUGUGGGGGAAGAAAUUGGUGAGGUGGUAGGUGUUGAGGGAGAGAGUGAGAAUGAUGUUGUGGUGGUUGGUGCAGAGGAGAGUGAUGAUGAGGCUGUGAUGGUGCAUGGGGAUGUGGAGGACAAGGAGGCGGAUAUGAAUUCACGCAAAAACGCACCUGCUGCUCCUGCUGUUAAGGGGACUUAUGUGUGUCCACCGACUGAGGCUGCUGGGACUGGUAGGAAGAGGGGGCGCAAGCAUGCAGCGGAGGGCAGUGGUAGGGGUGUGAAGGGCAGAGGGAGGAAGAGAGUGAGUGGGAGCACAGAUGGAGACGAAGAGGAGAGUGCAGAGGAGAAAGAUGCACGCAGGAGGGGGGGUGCUUCUACUGCUAAACCUGCACUAAGAUCCAAAGCUGCCGCUACUGCCAAACCCACUGCCACUGCCAAACCUACUGAUAAUGCCAUACCUGCUGCUACUGCCAAACCUAAUGAUACUGCCAAGCCUACUGCUACUGCCAAACCAGCUCCCACUGCCAAGCCCACUGCUACCAAAGCCCACACUGCUUCCCUGACGCCCAUCACGCGGUUUUUCCAGCCAAUAAGCAGCUCCAGCCCCAGUGGCAGCGGUGGUGGUGCUGCUGGUGGUGGUGCUGGUGCUGGUGGCAGCAUUGGUGGUCGUGCCAGCAGCAAGAGCUGCAGCCAGGCAGACGGGCAGAAACGAGACGCUGUGGCAGCAACCAAGGGGGGGGACGAGCAGGGCGAAGCAGAGGGCAGUGGAGACAAGGGAGGUGCGGAGAUGAGCAUGUGGGGGGGCGGCGAGCGGUGGUUCCUGCUGGGGGGGUCAUCACGCAGUGAAGGGCAACUGAGGGCCAUUGUCACUAAGCUGGGCGGCCGCGUGUGUGGCGAGGCAGGGAGCGCUGCUGCUGAUGCUGCCGCUGGUGGUGGUGCUGGUGGUAAGGGUGGCAAGGGCGGGAAGGGGGGGCGGAAGGGCGAGAGGGGGGAGGGAGCGGAGCUGCAGUGGCACCCCAAGGCCACGCAUGUCAUCCUGCCCCCGCCCCUCAAGCGCACUGAGAAGCUCAUUGCUGCCGCUGGCCGGUGGGUGCUCACACCAGAUUACCUCACAGCGAGUGCCACAGCGGGCCACUUCCUCCCCGAGGGCGCGUUUGAGUGGCGGAGCGAGGGCAGCAACAGGGACGGGACGGUGGAGCUCGCAGCGCCUGGCAAAUGGCGACAGCAGUGCAGCAGGAAUGGGGGGAGAGGGGCGUUUCAUGGGGUGCGAGUGCUGCUGGUGCCUCCUUCUGACAGCCCUACUUCCAUGGACGUGCUGCACCGCAUUCUCACAGCAGGGGGGGCGGACGUGACUCGAGCCUCAGAGCCCUGUGUGGCGGCGGCUCUCGCGCCGCAGUUUGACUUCAUUGUGCCCAAGCCAGAGCCCUGUGUGGCGGCGGCUCUCGCCCCGCACUUCGACUUUGUUGUGCUCAAACCAGCCCUGUGUAGCGGCGGCUCUCGCCCGGCGCCUGCUCGCCCCCGUCGCGCUACGCCCUCUCCCCCCCCCCCCCCCCCCGCACUGCUCUCCCCCGACUGGUUCAUCACCCUCCUCGCCCGCCCCCUCCUGCAUGCAUGCCUCCCCGCUGCCCUCUUCUCUUCUCACGAGCAUCACCGUGCCUACCUUCAGAACCUCCCAGCAUCUGCUUUCUCUGUAACUGUGUUCUUCUCAUCCCCACCCCUGCCUCGUCCCACCCCUCGCCCCAUCACAGAGACAUCUGAAAGAGACCCUGUGGCCCGCCGCCUGCUGGCCCCCUCGCGCCACAACUCCCCCGCGGUCGUCUCCCCCGACUGGUUCAUCGCCCUCCUCGCCCGCCCCUCCUCCAUGCGCGUCUCCCCACUGCCCCACGUGCUAUUUGACACCGAGCCAGCUGUCGUCGCCUCAUUGGCCGACGUUCACAGCAGGCAGAGGGGAUUGAGGGUACCAGUGAAGCAGCAGGAGGAUGUGGAGGAGAAGGAGGAAGGGGAGGAGGGGAAAGAAGAGGGGGAGGAGGAGGAAGAAGACGAGGGGGUGGAGGAGGGGCAGGAGGAGGGGAAGGAGGAGAAGGAAGAAGAAGAGGAAGCUGUUGCUGACGAAGAAAGGGAAAUUGGGAAAAGAGAAAAGCGCUUAUCUUUCGAGAACUCGCUUCACACAGUCAAUGCGGGUCGCAGCAAUGGCACUGUUGACGGUGAUGAAGCUGGUGCUGAUUUUGAUGCGCAUGCUGAUUGUGAUGCUGACACAGAUAGUGAGAAAGAUGAUGAUGAUGAGAGUGGUGGCUGGGUGGCCACGGCGCAUGUGCGUCUGGGUGAGAGCAUUGGCCUCUCCAGCUUCACAGAGGAAUCACAGGACGUUGGCGGUGGUAUGGCUGCUGCCCUUGCUACUGGCGCUGGUCGGAAUAUGAGUGCGGCUGGUGGUGCUGCUGCUGCCGGUGGUGGUGUGGCUGGUGGGUUGCGUAAGGGAAAGGCAACGGCUGGUGGUGGAAGGAAUACAGGAACUCAACUUCCAUAUGAGUACUAUUCACUCCCCUUCUGCCUUCCGGAAGAGGGGAUUAAGCCAGUGGCGGAAAAUCUGGGCGAGAUUCUUCGUGGUGACAGAAUUGAGAACUCUCCCUAUCAGUUUCAAAUGAGGAUCGACGAGCAGUGCAAGAUCGUCUGCAGAAAGGCGAAGGUUCCCCUAGAGGAGGCUCUUCAAUUCCAGGAAAAGAUCGAUGAUGAAUAUCGCGUCUUCAUGAUCCUUGAUAACCUGCCAGCGGCCAUGGUCAGGAUGCGCGCGGAGGAAGGUGGUGAGUCCAUCAAGACGUAUGAGCGUGGAUUUCCUGUGGGCUUUAAGGCUCCUUCCGAAACGAAUGGGCCGGAUGAGUAUUUCUUGCACAACCACCUGCGGUUCACUGUGCUGUUCCACAAAGACCCCACGAACAAUCUGGCUCGCGUCGUCGGUUUCGAAGUCGAACCAUUUAGUGUGAAGCACCAGUACGAGGGUACCUACAACCCGGCGAAGCCUAUCCUCACGACCUGCAACCCAGGGAACCCGACGCAGCAUGUGGAUAGCGGCAUGCCACCGCAGCCGAUCAAGGAGAACGAGGAGGUCAUCUUCACCUACGAUGUGAUGUUCAAGCCGAGCAACGUGAAGUGGGCGUCUCGCUGGGACACGUACCUUCUCAUGACGGACGACCAGAUCCACUGGUUCUCCAUCAUCAACUCUCUCAUGAUCGUGCUCUUCCUCUCGGGCAUGGUUGCCAUGAUCAUGAUGCGCACUCUGCACCGCGACAUCUCCCAGUACAAUCAGUUGGAGACUCAGGAGGAGGCACAGGAGGAGACUGGGUGGAAGCUGGUCCAUGGUGAUGUGUUCCGCCCGCCCAACUAUGCCGGCCUGCUCUGCGUGUAUGUCGGCACCGGUGUGCAGCUGUUCUUCAUGACCCUUGUCACGAUGGUGUUCGCGCUUCUCGGAUUCCUCUCCCCAUCCAACCGCGGUGGGCUUAUGACUGCCAUGCUUCUGCUCUGGGUCUUCAUGGGUCUCUUGGCUGGAUACUCGUCCGCCCGCCUCUACAAGGCCUUUAAGGGCACUGACUGGAAGCUGAACACCAUUCGCACUGCAGUCACCUACCCUGUUGUUGUCUUCGUCAUCUUCUUCAUCCUUAACAUCCUGAUCUGGAAGGAGAAGUCAUCUGGAGCCGUUCCCUUCGGCACCAUGUUCGCUCUCUUCUUCCUCUGGUUCGGCAUCUCUGUGCCUCUAGUCCUUCUGGGAAGCUACUUCGGCUUCAAGAAGCCAGCUAUUGAGGAUCCUGUCCGCACGAACAAGAUCCCGCGACAGAUCCCCGAGCAGGCGUGGUACAUGCACCCCGUGUUCUCCAUCCUCAUUGGAGGCAUUCUGCCCUUCGGUGCGGUGUUCAUCGAGCUCUUCUUCAUCCUCACCUCCAUGUGGCUGCAGCAGUUCUACUACAUCUUCGGUUUCCUCUUCAUCGUCUUCGUCAUCCUCAUCAUCACGUGCGCAGAGAUCACCAUUGUGCUCUGCUACUUCCAGCUGUGCAGUGAGGACUAUCGCUGGUGGUGGAGAGCGUAUCUGACCUCCGGUUCAUCGGCUCUUUACCUCUUCCUCUAUGCGACCUUCUACUUCUUCACCAAGCUGGAGAUCACCAAGCUCGUGUCAGCUAUCCUUUACUUCGGCUACAUGGUCAUCAUCUCCUACAGCUUCUUCAUUCUCACAGGGACCAUUGGGUUCUAUGCUUGCUACUGGUUCGUGCGCCUGAUCUAUGCAUCGGUCAAGAUUGAUUGA